AAAAUAUAUUUUUGCAAUUUUGAACCAUCGAAGUCAUUUACUAUUUUGUAUGGCGAGGCUAUCUCUACGUGGCGCAAUGUCUACCAGGAAAUCUGAAUCGACGACUUGACUAAGGAUUCACAUGACUCGUAACUCCUCCUUGGCACCGUUACUAAUCUAACAUCUCUCUCUCUCUCUGUGGAACUCUCAUCACCUUAUCAUCUCCCGUAACAAAACCAAAAUGUUCCUCUUAAAGACAUGGAGAUCAACCGCUUUCGGGAUUUAUGGCUAUAUGAAUUUCACCAAGAAUGGUUUCCUAGACCAUUCAAAGAAGUUCAAACCUGAAGAUAUGCAGAUACAAAUCCAAGGAAAGAACUGUGUGGUCACUGGAGCUAACUCUGGUAUUGGUUACGCCGCUGCUGAAGGUCUUGCUUCACGUGGAGCAACUGUUUACAUGGUGUGUCGGAACAAGGAAAGAGGAGAAGAGGCUCUUUCUAAGAUUCAAAACUCUACAGGAAACCAGAAUGUCUACCUUGAAGUUUGUGAUUUGUCUUCUGUUAAUGAUAUAAAGUCAUUUGCUUCGAGUUUUGCUUCCAAGGAUGUUCCGGUUCAUGUGCUGGUUAAUAACGCCGGUUUGCUUGAGAACAAACGAACGACUACACCUGAAGGAUUCGAGUUGAACUUCGCGGUGAAUGUACUUGGGACAUACACAAUGACAGAGCUGAUGCUUCCACUGUUGGAGAAAGCGUCGCCUGACUCCAAAGUCAUCACGGUCUCCUCUGGUGGAAUGUACACGUCGCCACUUACAACAGAUCUUCAGUUUAGUGGUGAAAAGUUCGAUGGAGUGUUACAAUAUGCACGGAAUAAAAGAAUCCAGGUGGCUCUGACAGAAAAAUGGGCUGAGAAGUACAAGAACAAAGGCAUAGGUUUCUACUCAAUGCACCCUGGCUGGGCUGAGACGCCUGGUGUCGCCAGGAGUUUGCCCAGUUUCAAAGAAUCGUUCUCUGGUAAGCUUAGAACGAGCGAAGAAGGGGCAGACACAGUCGUUUGGCUAGCACUUCAGCCUAAAGAGAAGCUGGUCUCUGGUGCAUUCUAUUUUGAUAGAGCAGAAGCACCAAAACAUCUGACGCUUGCAGGUACAAGCAAGUCUCAUGACCUUAUAGACUCUGUCAUUGACACAUUGCAUUCCAUGGCAGCUCUUGAUCCUUAAAAUCUAUAUCUUCUACAUGGUUUUUUUCUCGAGAAUAAUUUGUGAUCGAUCUCUGGUAAAUAUCACAAUGGAAUAAGAUUCAAAUAUUAAACUUUUCUAUU